UUUUUAAUAGUUUAUAUGGCUUAUCAAUUGUACAUUUUUUAUCCCGAUUACGCAUAUCGUUUUGAUUUUUCAACCCUUGUUUUAUCGGGCGAAUGUUUGGAGAGAAGAACCGGAAGGUUGGAUAGCGAACUGGUAAGGGACGAGGUGGAGGUGGAACUAAUGAAGGAACGUGCUCUCUGCGACGAGAUCCGCCAACAGUUCAUCCAGACGCUCAAAGAUGUAGAAUUACAGCUCGUGGAAGACAAAACGGCCAAACAGCGUCUGGAGUCCGACUGGAGUGACAAGAAACAGUCUUUAGAGCUGGAUUCUACCGGUAGGAGUCUUACUCUACGCUCAUCCAUACUGAUGUUCAAACCUGGCUCUGUGAUUUUUCCUGGAGAUCAGUCUUCUCCUGAAUAUUGGGAGCACUUCACCAAAGAAACCCUACAAAUGUCCGAGGCUACCAGACAGAGAUCUGCCACUCUCAGAGGAACCCUUGACGCUAUACUCACCAAUGCCUCACGUGACCUUAGAACUCAGGCAGAUAAGGUCGAACUGAUUUUGUCCAAGAGGAUACAGUGUCUCAUCGAGGUUACAGACAGAUUGGAAUCAGAAUUGAAGAAGACCUUGCAGAAACUUGCAGACGUUGAGAAUUUGAUAGAUGAUCUACAGGUGGCGAUAAGAAGAAUGGAUCUAUGUCUCAAGAAGGCACAGACUCGUUUAGAUUUCAGGCUUCAGCGGCAGAGAGUUGAGAACUGUAGAGAUGAAUGUCAUUUCGGACUCAUAGAAGAAGUGAAGAUGAUCGGUGAACAAACGGCUGCUCUGUCUGCUCAGUUGAAACAGGCGGAAGACAGCCAGGCAGAAUUAAUAACUGGGAGAAAUGAAUUAGAGAAUGAGAUCAUGAGGAAGAGGAAAACUUUGGAAAUAGACCGAUUCAGAAUUCAACAGUUCAGAAGUUACUAUCCUUCGGCAACAGCUCUCUCUGGACACGCCUAAUUCAUUCUUCUAUCUAUACAUCUGAUUGCACAGAAAAAAUUUCGUAGCGAUAUCAUUCAAAGUAUACAUGGGUUUAUGCUG